AUGAACGCCCCCGCCCCCCCGCCGCCUCCCCCCGCCCGCCCAAAGCGCACACAUGCCAGGCGCUCCUGUGCCACCUGCAGGCUGCGAAAGAGCAGGUGCGAGCUCCCCGACCUCGACGUCCCAGCGGGGCCAGAGCCCCUCCCUAUCGACAAGGCCUGCCACCGCUGCAAGGUCCUCUCCAUCCCCUGUAUCGUCGACGAUGGCAAUCGCAAACGCAAACGCAAGGAGGCUUCUGCAUCCACCCCAGAUGCCUUCGCCAGCGACUCGGCCAGUCAGGCCGGCCCUAGCACGGCCAAGCGACGGACCGCAAAGCCCCAGACGAGUACGCUCUCGCAGAGCACGGUGCAUCAAUCAGACAACAGCUUGGACAUUGUCAACAGCCUGUCCUCCGUACCUGGCGGACCGACUCCGACUUCUGCGGAGGACUUGGUAGAGAACUAUGAACGGCUGAAAAGGGAGCUUGGCGCACGAGGUCUGGACGGAGAGUCAGGCAAGGCGAAGAGUAUCAAGUUGCAUGGAAGACCGCUAGAGCUGGCGUGUGCUAUGCUUCGCGUGGCGUAUGGAAGGAACGACAAGAGGGGCAGGAGGGUACGGCUAGAGGAUGAUGAGGUCGAACUGGAAGACCUCGUUGACGACGACAUGAGAAUAAGGGUGAGAAAAGGUGUGGCUCAACUGCGGACCUAUCACCCCCAUCUCGACGACCUCGACUCAAUGAUGGUCGAGUAUAGACGCAACCCUGAGCCCACUAUCGCUCUCCUGAUUGCUACCGUUGUAUAUCUUGCCAGUGCCGUCCUUCCACCAGACGUUACAGUGCACAACCUCCGAAACGCCCUCGACGCCUACAUCUACCAGCGACGCGACUCUUUGCUAUUACACCACCCCCAUACCUUUUUUGCCCUGCAGGCGCUGGAGCUCUUUAUCACCCACUGCCCGUUUGGCGUCUUGCCCCUCCAGCCGACCAAUCUGCAAAACCUCGGUGUCGCAAAAGGUCUCACCGCCGCUGCUCGAGCCAUCAGCGCUCAGCUCUUUUUUGAGCAGCUCGUGCAGCAAUUGCUCAAUGGCCCCGGCAUCGCACACAACUUUUACUGUGGCGAUAUCUGGCUUUGGCUGUCUCUUAUAGCGUCAGAAGCUGCCGCCAUGUUGGAAGAAUCAAACCCGCAUAAGCCCAAGCAGCUCGCCGAAGCUCGUACCAUCACCGACAGUUUUCUGGGCAUGACUGACUUGGGUAGCUGCCUUUGGCAGGAUGGCAUCGGCAAAGAAGACAUGUCGGUCCUUGUUGGCAAGUUGGCACUGUGUGACAAGGUGGCGAGGCUGGAGGAAGUUUUGGAUGGUAUGGCAAGGAUCAAGGGGGUUCUAGAGCAUAGCACGACGGACUCGAAUGUCGACCCUGUCAGAGGUAUCUUGACAGAGUUUGACGAGUACACGAGGCGGACAGACGCAAUCGAUCAACGUCACGACAGCAUGAUGUCAAUGCUGCGCGAAUACUCUGGGAAUAUCGAAGUCGGUUCCAUGUCCUACCGCGCGAUUCGCCGCCGGUACGAGUUCAGCAAGAUACACGUCACCGGUCUUCGCGCUCUCAUCGCUACCCACUACCUUCCUGGAUCCCUUUAUGCCUACCCCGACUUGCCUGCACCUUCGGCCUCGCACAGUGCUGUCUCGUAUGCCAUCUCCCGCGCGUGUAAUCCACCCGACAUUGUGCGUUUCAUCAGUGACACAAACCACAACGGUGGUGCCACUCCUGCCGUCCAGGCCGUCUGGGAAUGGGGUCGCAAGCGCGGAGUCAAUAUGGAACGCAAUCUUACAGCGUGCUCCGAGCUGGCCGUAUCUAUCAACUCGGAGCUGCAUGGUGUUGCUUCCACGUGUGUCGUGCCACUGCAUGAGACCAUCUGUAUCGCGGUGGAGUCUGCCAAAGUCCUAAUGGAGAUGGAGGCCGGCACGAUUCACAUCUUACGGUCAAACAACCAGCUCUACAAGGCUUUCCGUCCCCGCUCAUGGCUCGACGCUAUGCGAGAUUUCGCACAGGCUCUUCGAGCUGUGAGUGUCAUCAUCCACGAUGACGGGCUUGGAGGUGAGACUGUAGCGAGUGGUGCGAGCAAUCUGAUUGGCUCGAUGGUGCGCACAGCAGAAGACUGGACCAAAUCACUCGAACAGGAAGCGGCGCGCCCCCUGGAGCCCAUGGGUUUCCCUACCGAGAUGACGCUCGACUCUGUGCAUGCCCUUGCUCGCCAGCGCCAGGGGCACGGUAAUGGUGUCUCAGUGCCGCAGCAGGGGUAUAUGGAUACGUCCGAUAGGUGGAUGGCGUCAAGUGAGCAGGAGCUGAGCUCGACCUCGAGAAGUCAAUCGGCUCAGGGCUCGAGGCCUACACCGCCGACUGUGGUGGGGACCCCCAAUGUACCCAACGUGCAGCAGGUGACGCCUUUGGAUAUGCUGCUGUCGGAGAUGUUUGGGUACUCUUGCAAUCCGCCGCAACCGCCGAGCAAGGUGGAGAUGGAUGCGAAGUGA